AUGAAUUUUAUUACUAGAUUCUGUGCAACAGUAGGAGCAGAAACGUCUUUUGAAAGAGUAAAAUUUAUUAAAUUAAUCAAAUAGGCUAUAUUAGCAGCUAUAUAUAACAAUACUUAUCCUCCAGAAGAGAGUGAUAUAAAAAUUAUACUAAAUACCCUUUCUGGUUAGGAUAAAGAAACAGAUAGAAGAAUAGCUUUUGGUUCUAUUAUAAGAAAACUAAAAUAAAAUCAUACGGAUGAAGAUGGAUGGAUUAUCAUAAUCAAAAAUUUGAUUAUAAUAGAUAGGUAUUUAGGUCACAAAAAUUGAUGAGGUGUGUGAAUGAUGGUAUUCUAUUAUCACAAUUUUGUGAGUUAGAUUUACCUAACAUUGAGAAUCGAUCAGAAAGAAACAAAAAUAAUAAUAAUUUGUUAAUUCAUGAGUUAAUAUCUAAAUAUUACCUUUAUAUAAAAUUCAAAUCCUAAUAAUUAAGAACAUCAUUUUCAUUAACUUUAUUCAGAAAAGAAAAAUAUUUGUACUUCAAUCAACUACCAACUUGUUAAAUUAGAAAUGAAAUCAAUUUAAUAAUGUAAUUUGUGAACAAAGCUUUUGAAGUAAUAGAUACCAAAAAAAAUGGACAUCUUAAAUACAAAUUAAAUUAGUAUGUAUUUUUGAUGAUCCUAAAUGAUUUGUUUAAAUACUAUAGUUGCUCGCUUGUUGCCUUGCAUAUUUUGAUUAAAAAAAUCAAAUAAUAAGAAUUAGAAGAACUUAUUUAAAUUGCUGAAAUUACAAGAUUGCUUUAUAAUUUCUGUAAUUAACUAGACUCUUUUAUUAACGAGAAUAGGUUUAUCAAAGGAUUUGAAUAGUAUGAUGUAAAGUAUAAGGUAUUUUUAUAUAUAAAUUUUAAGAUUUCUACUGAUUUAUUAGAAUUGGUUGUUUAAUAUCUGAAUUUAUAUGAAUAAACUUAAAAAUCAACUUCUAGUUAGCCAAAAGAAAUUAAAUUUAAUACUUAAAAAUCCAAAUUUAUCCUAGAAAAGAUAUGUAUUUAAUUUUAUUCAUUUAUCAGUCUCAUAAAGUCUAAAUUAAAUUUAAAGCAAUUAUUUUGAAAAUUUUCUAGAAAAAACUAACGAAUUAAGUAAAUUGGUAAUUUAUUGCAAUUAAUUCAAACAUAAUUUUAAUGAAAGUAUAUUUUAAGGAUUCAAAAAUAAUUUUUCAUCCAAGUAUGAAUAAUUAUUUAUAUUGAAAUUAGUUAUAAUUAAACAUCCAAUAAUUUCAAACAGAAUAAUGAAACUCCUGAAUUAUAAAAAGAAGAUGAGAAUGAUUUUUUAACAAUAAUUGAAGAGAACAACAAAAAUUAUAAAUUUGAUAAAUAAAUAUAUUUACUAUAUCCAGAAGCUUUUAAUGAAAAAAUGUUCUUAAAUUUUGAAAAUAUUUAUUAUGUAUGA